UUCCUGUUUUAUUUAUUUUUUGUUUACUAAGAAUGGAGACCAUUCUGUUUUCUUCCUUUUCACGCCUGCUUUCAUUCCACCGGCUUGACUGACGAUGUUCUGUCCACUGGUGUAGGUGACCUGCACUCCAGAAUAUGAAUAGCACUACUGACUGCGAAGGGAUGCCCAGAGCACUAUGAGUGGAAUUGAAUAUUCCCAGCUAGCUUGUCUGCCUGCCUGCCUGUCUGCUGCUACGUUCAGCAAGUGAACCCCACUGUUACAGGACCAGAACUCCCUCACCUGACAGAAGUCACAGCUCAGCUUGCUCUAACAAGAGACCCUCUUAUAUUUCUUGAGUGAUUGAUGCCGAUGGAUGAAGCAGAAAAAAAUAAUCCCUUCUUUCUGUCUGCAACUCUCCUUCCUUGUACAGUCAGGGAUCCCUCAGCAAAGAAGAAAAAAACAACAAACUUCCUGGCUGCAGUUUGAGUCCUGGGAUCUAGCGCCAGGUGGGGAUGUUGGGGUUCCAUGUACUGUACGCCUGCUUCUGUCAGCUUGUUUUUUUUAAGAGGAGGGAGCACAAGCCACUGAAGCCAGCCCCAGUCGAGAUGCUAUGAGCUGAAAGGCAGGGAUCGCAGCUGAUUGCACUGCGGGCUCCUGUGACAGGGGUUACUGCUGCAGGCUUUCUUAGCCCCUACUCCUCAGCAGGUCCCACAUAUUUCUCAGAAUGAGAUGGUAGCCUUUGUUCAACUGGUUAAUGGAUAAAGGAACCCCCUGGAUAGGCAGUUUUAGGUGAAUGUUUGCAGGACGCCUUGCCCCUCCCAGCAGAGAGAGUUCCCACACGCCGCCUCCAUUCAGGGGAUGGCCCAGGACCAGAAUGGACAGACAAACACUUGUGGAAGUCCUGUGAUGCACGAAGAGUGUCACGAUGGCAUGGAAAGUGGCAGUCUGACUCCCGGCACAGCCCGGCAAGUCAAAAUUCUCCGCAACCCCACCCAAGGAUUUGGAUUUGUUGCCGGCAGCGAGAGGCCGGUUAUCAUACGUGCCAUUUCUCCUGGUGGCCCCUCAGAGGGUAAACUUCUCCCCGGAGACCACAUUCUAGCCAUCAAUGAGGAGUCUGUGAGCAACGUAUCCAGGGAGCGAGUCAUAGACCUUGUAAGGAACUGCAAAGAAUCCAUCCUGCUCACUGUGCUUCAGCCUCAACAGUCCCCGAAGUCUGCCUUCAUCAGCGCUGCCAAGAAAGCCAAGCUGCGAUCCAACCCGCCAAAAGUGCGCUUCUCUGAGCAGGUCUCUGUCAGCGAUCCAGAUCCCAAGAUGCUGAAGGAAGACGCUCUCCUCCUGAUCCCCAGCGUACUCAAGGUGUUCCUGGAGAAUGGGCAGAUCAAGUCCUUCACCUUCGACAGCCGCACCACCGUCAGGGAUGUGAUGAUGUCCCUGCAGGACCGGCUGUCUCUGAGGUACAUCGAGCACUUCUCCCUGGUUCUAGAGUCUGGGGGCUUCAAUCAGAGCAGUAGGCUGCACCUGCUCCAGGACACCCAGCCACUGUCUCAUGUAGUGCAGCAGAUCUACUUCCAGGCAAUGAAGUGUCUGUUUCGUAUCUGCUUCUUCCCCAAGGACCCUGCAGACCUGCUGAGGAGAGACCCAGCUGCCUUUGAGUACCUCUACAUACAGAGCCGCAAUGAUGUGAUAAAGGAGCGAUUCGGCUCUGACUGGAAGUCAGACGUCACCCUCAAGCUCACAGCUCUACACAUCUACAUCACAGUCUCUGCAGCCCGACCCAACCAGAAAAUCUCUCUCAAGAAUGUGGAGAAGGAAUGGGGACUGGAUCCCUUCUUACCGCUGUCAUUGCUCCCGACAAUCAAGGAGAAGAAUGUCUGCAAGACGCUUUCCCAGCUGCUGAAAACCUAUCAGCACUCACCUCCUUCAGGGAGCAAGGUACCUGCUAUCCAGGCGAAGCUGCAGUACAUACGAGUUAUCAACGAGCUGCCUCCGUUCGGGGGCCUCCUGUUCCACACCGUGGGGGUGGCUGAGAAGCAGUCAGCCACCACUCUGCUGGUUGGGCCCCACCACGGCAUCAGCCACGUCAUUGAGCUGAAGACCAACCUAACUACCAUCCUGUCCGAGUUCAGCCGUCUCAGCAAGAUCCAGCUGUUCAGGGAGAACCAGGGGGUAGCUCGCGUUGAGGUCAACAUGCUGGAGGCCAAGCCCCUGGUCCUGCUGAUGGAGUGGCCCGAUGCCACAAACUUUGCCUGCCUGAUAGCCGGCUACUACAAGCUGUUUGUGGAUCCAAAGAAAGUGCUAUUCUGUCAAAGCUCCAGUCAGUCUCACAUGAUCAAGGCAGAUUACAGAACUAUCCAACCAGUCCAGCGGCCACCUCUCUCUACUCAUGCUGGGAGACGGGAUGUGACCCAUAGAUCUUCUGAGCAAAAUGAUUCAAAUCUCAGCAGCUUUUGUUAUCUGCACACGAGAGAGCAGCAGCAGCUGCAGCAACAAGAAAGACAGAUGGACAUCAAUGACAACGUGAUCCCCCUGGAAGAGAGCCGUCCCCGCACCAAAUCUGACCCGACCUACAAAAGCUCAGAUCUAGAACCUGUUGUGGACAGCCCAGUACGGGAGAGCUCAGGAAUCAGAGCUAGGGCCUACACCCUAGACCCUAGCCAGCGGACAGGACACUUUUACUGUGACUCAUGCAAGGCCAAGCUCAAAACAGCAGCCACUGUCACCAAUGAUGGUGACAGCAGUGAUGACCUGCAUUCCCAGAUCCUGCAGCGUUGCACCAACUCCUGUGGUUCCCGAGAGGGUACAGUGGACCUGAUUUCCCUCCCGCUACCAGGAAGCGAGAAAGAGGAGGAGGAGGAGGCAGGUGGUGCUCAGCCUCCACCCCCAGCCAUCGCUGCUCCCCCUCCAGGGUUCCGAGACCACAGCUCAGAUGAGGAGGACCCCAAAAGGCGGGCAGCAGUGGCAACUGCGGGGGGUCUGGAGCCAUCUGAAGAGGUACCUGUGACACUGAUAGAUAAUGUGGCGACACGAACUGUCCGAGACCAUGCUCAAGAGCUGGAUGAUGCCCUGGUGUCCACGCUACAGGCACUAGAGGCACUGGCAGCAUCAGAGGACUACCCCCACCAUCAUAACCACCAACCCCAGCAGACAGCAGGUCUCAUUGUGCUAGCAGCUAUAACCCCAGAGUCUUCACUGGAUUCCGGCCACGAGACAAACUCUUCAGAACUGACAGACGUCUCAGAGAUGGUGACGACCAUGAAGCAGCACCAGAACUCAGCCUACCUACUUGCCCAUCACAUCAGCAAGGAUCGGAUCUUCAGCCGACGGGACUUCCCCCUUGCUAUCCCAGGGUGCACCACUCAGGCCCUUGGGGGUGCAGCUUUCUCCAUGGGUCAGCUGCGGGCAGGUUGCCCUGCCAAACCCCUCAUUCUCAGCAAAGGGGCCCAAUUGAGGAUAAGUCCUAAAGAGGAGAUUGCAGCCAUGGGGACACAAGCCUCCUCACAGAGCCUCAAAGAACCAGGGAAACUGGUCACUCUGGAACGCCAACUGGAGCAAAGCCGGGCAGCCAGCCCAGGAAUUCUCAACGGCUCUUCUGCUUUUCCUCAAACUGCUUUGGAUCCCGAAUGUGAUAGCCCUAGAGAUAAGAAGCAGGUCAGCAAAGAGCUUAUGGUGCCAUGUUAUGUUGACAGAAGGCUUAGCCCAAAUCCUUCUUCAGAGGCAAGGGGGAAAGUUUCUGGUUCCCUAAGCCCAGAGGAUGUCAACAAAGCCUUACCAAUACUUUUGCCGGUUGACAGUGCUGUUCCUGUCAAGAGCCAAGAAACCAAUUGUUGUCAGGACCAAGAGGCUACUGCCAAUAAGACCCCCAAGCCUUCAAAAUCAAAAGGGGACCAGCAGAGUGCUGAGAUGCUGUAUACCUGCCCCAUGCUUGGAGAGGGUGGGCCCCUGUUGCAUCUGAAGGAUCCACAAGUGCAGAAAGUAGCAGCUUUCCAUUCAUCCUCCCCUACAGAUGAUGAGCAGCUCAGUGCCGAAGCAAAAGGCUUUCAGCUGCCACCUGGCAAAGAGAGUACAGGGAGGGGAGUAGAAACAGGCCACAAAUCCAGCACAGGUCUCCAGGUCCUGUCCAAGUAUCCUCCCCUGGUUUCAGAGCAGACGGAGCAAAAAGAAAGGGAGGAAGCAAAAGGAGAGCCUUCUGAAAGCAAAAAUGCCAGUGAUACUCAGAAAUGUCCCAAAAACUUGAUUCCCAGGGGGGAGAGCACACAGGCAGCAGUCUCAGCAGAAGCCUCAGUGGAAGACAAAAAGCAGAGUGCCAGUAAACCCAAACAGCAGCGAAGUGCACCAUUCCUCAGUUUCCGAAACCUGCUGUCAGCCACCUUUCCAGCACGGGUGAAGCGCGAGACGGAUGAGCGGCAAGCCCAGCUUCAGAAGGUACGGCAGUAUGAACUGGAGUUCCUGGAGGAGCUGCUCAAGCCCAGGGGGGCCCAGGUGGAUUUCCUCCCAAAGGGGCCCUCUCCAAUACCAUCAGGUACACCCUGCUCCUGCCAGCUCCGGACCAGUCCUCUUCAGAAAGUCCCGGGGAUUUCCAGAGAACAGAGGAGGAGCUGUGAUUGCAAAAGGAUAUGCCGUGGGAUCCGUCUGCCUGACACCCCUGUAGGAUCAGCCCUGGAAAGGAUAGGGAGAGAAAGUACUGCUUAUAAACCUCCUCCUCUACCAAAACACCCCCAACAGCAGGAAGGGCUUCGAAGGCCACAGAUAAUGGAGAUUAAGACAUCCAACAUCCGGUCCACCAGCCUGGAGUCCCGGGAACCUCAGGAGAAGCCUGUUUCCUGCUUGCCUGCCUGUGCUUCUCACUCCGAAUGCAUGGGGGUGCCAGAUUACAAGAAAAUUAUGAGGCGCUGCAGCAUUGGUGAAGCAGACAGUAGUGAACGCACACCCCUGUACUCUGAAACUAAACCUACCAAAGCUAAGAGCAUGGAAAAGGAGUUUGAGCGACCAAUAGCCCCUUCUCGAAAGACACAGGGCCCAAAAGAAUCUUCCUGUGCACAUCUUGGGGAUGGUAAGAGAAGACCUGUGUUUUCAAUCCAAGGGGAGGCUGGGAAAGAGAUGGAAGUUCUCCAAAAGAGCAAAGUAGGGGAAGAUGAAAUGAUGGAUCUAUCAGGGGAGGAUGAGGAUGGAGAUAAGUGCUGCUCUUUCUGUUUCUGCUACCGCAAGUGCGACACAGAGGAUGAAAGUAGCGAGAAGGACGAGCUCUCCUAUUCCAUUCCGCUGCAGGUGCUCUCGGGGAUGGAGUUGGAUGCUAACACCCUCCCUGUGGUCAGCAAGACCCUGCAGGUGCUGGAUGCAGAUGGCUGCAGUAGGGAGGAGGAGCCGCAGAGCCAGGAAAUUGAUCUAAGAACUUAUGCCACCCUAGAGGGCAGUCUGUCCCGGGUGCAGGCUCUGCAGGGCAAAGCCUUCUUUCUGCCUGAGGGGUUCCUGACUGCUCAAUUGGAUGCCAACGAGCUGCUUUCCAUCCUACGGCAAUGCGCAGGGAGCCCGCCGGGUGAGGGAAAUCCCAGGCUGCAGGCACCUCGUCUAACAGAAUACAAGCAGGAGCUGGCAAUGCGCUUCAAGGAGUUCCGGGCCUCCUGUCGUAGGGUGGCUGGUGUGGAGAAGAGCCCAACCCGCAUGCUCUCGGCAGUGACAGCCAGCUUCCAGGUCCUCUGCAGCCUGACAGAAACCUUCAUCAAGCUGGUAUGUGUGGUGCGCAUGGAGGCUCAAAGGCAGGAGCUGCUCAGGAAGGUGGAGGAGGUAGCCCUCAACUAUACUUUCCUCUUGAGGGCUGCUGAGGAGUUCAUGGGCCGGACCGGGAGCCUCCCCACCCAGACCAGCAGCAGUAGCAGCAGCGCCCAGGCUCCUUCGCAGCCCACACAUGGGGGCAACAAGGCUGGUUCCCUAACCCGCGCAAUCAAAACAUUCAUCCCCAAGUGAAGCUAAUGGACUGCCACUAGAGAUUGCACUAUCACUUGUUUUUGUAAAGGACAAAAUAAGUGCAAUGCUACCCUACCCCUUACCAGUGUAGCUUUUCAGAGGCAAUACUGGGUUCAGACUUUGGACAGAAUGUGGGUAGGGUUGGUUGUGGGUGUGGGGGGUGGAAUAGGGCCCUUUUGACUUGUGUUGGUGGACAUUUUACUAGGGAGAGAAGAAAACUUUCUUUGUUAUUUAAACUUUUGUUCCAUCUUCUGACAUUUAUUGCAGUGGUUAAGCAACAUUUCCAAAAGCAGCACUUAAUUGCCUCAUUUGGAUUAUUACAACUAAUCUGAUUCGUAGGCCAGCCGGUAACCCAUAGUAAGUGUGGGGGUGAGGCUGUUGUUAAGGUCAUGGUGGCACUAAUGAAAUUCAGAAUAGCAUCUAAGCCAGAGUUAAAACAUAUUCACAAAACACAAAGCAAUCAGACAAAGGAGCUGGACAGAAAUGUGCUGUACUGCUCCAACACCAAAAUAGUUUAAAUCUUGCAUUACACUCACUUAAUUUGCAGUAGCCAUACUGCUUUACUCAAACUGAUUAUUGAGACUCAUAUACUAAAAAUAACCUAACGGGUGCACUGAGCAGAAUAUUCUUGCAAGGGUCAUUUUGGUAGAUCAAUAUGUAGCUAGUUAUCUAAUUUAUUGUGUUUUUUUUUUUUUUUUUUGUUAUGCCAAAACAGCUAGCCGAGUUCUGAUAUAGAGUCUAAAGGCAUACUAUGUUUCUUUUACAUUUCAACUCAUCCAAAUUUCAAUACAAGAAUAUUAUAUUAUUCAGGUGUAAAUAAACUAUGAGAGACAGGCAGGAAGAUGUAACUGCCCCGGUCAGAGAAUCUCAUGAGCAAUGAAAACUCUAAAGGAUAUAACUUAUAUGACAACCACUUUCAAGGCAGUGCUGUUCACUAUGCUUUUUUCAAAAUCUAGCUGAAAAAUAAUUACUUCAAUGGCAAGAUGUAUUUCAUUUUUCAAGUGAUGUUUUUUAAUGAGAAUUUAUAUCUGCCUUUGGAACUCCAAUCCUCUCCUAUGAGUCACGGGCCCUAUUUAUAUAGAAUGCUGGAUUACUGGAAUUAGAGUAGCGUGUCUGUGGAGGAGAGAAUUGUGUAACAAACAGGUCAAAUAUAGAAACAUAGUUUCUUAAAACAAUAAAGAUGUUAGGACACCUUUUAAAAUAGCAGUUGAUAUAUACAGUCCCUGAUUUCUAUAGAAACCAAUACCUUAUCUAAUCAUCUACAUUAAGGAGGAGAAAUUGACAUUGGGCAGGUUCAAUAAAUCAUUGUUUUCAGUCACAGGAAUAGUACAUCUAUCUCCCAGCUGCUUUUAGUUUGACCUUUCAAUCUACAGGUUACCUACAAGUCAUGUAAUUUAACAAAUACUAUCAUUUCUACAACCAGAAAUGUACUAGAAAGGCAUGGGGCAAAUUGAAAAUAGUUGCUUAUAUUAAUAUUACACAUAUAAUUCUCUUAAAUGGUUCAUAACCAAGAAUAUAAGCACUCUGAAAAGCGCUGCAUUCAAGGAGAUUACUAAAUGUAUAUAUUAGCUGCAUAGAGAUUUAUUUAAGAAUGCAUCUCCCCUCCUUGGUGAUUUAAGCUACCAAAAUAGCACCAUGCUGUUUAAAACCCUAUUUAUUAAAAUGAAAUUCAAAAAAAGAAAUAAGUAAUCUACAAAUGUAAAAAUGCCAAAGCAAGUGUAACGUUUACAAUCAAGGCAGUUCUGAAGAACUGGGGCCAGUAUUUAUUUAUUUUUAACUCUUUGCACACGUAAAAGGAAUAUUAAUAAGUAAAAUUAAUGCUCAAAAGUGAUGGAUGAUGGAACCUGAUAGCUUUGAAUAUUUACCUAAAGCUGGGAGUGCUCCUCUGACUCACACAGAUACAUGUGCAGACUGAUCGGUGAGGUAUGUAUUACUGCAGCAGUCAUUCAAAUUUUGCAUUGACUUAUGUUUCGGAGCCAGCAUCUCAAGUAUCAGUAAAUCAGUAGGACAUUUAAUUAAUUCUGUACUAAUUUUCUGGUUUGCCUAUUAUUGUUAAUGUUAAUUUAUUCCUGCUUGUGUUUAUUCCAAGGGUAUAGAAAAAGUGGUACUUGUCCAAUAAAGUUCACGUUUUAUUUGGGUACACCGUUGUUGCUAACACAAACAAAAAUAGUCUUCCUCGAAGUAGUAUUCACAAAACAAAAAUAAUUAAGUCCCACUGUAAUAAUCCCGGGUUUUGAUGAGGCCGUGAGUUCCACCAGCCAAUAAUUCUCGUUCAUGGCUCUCUCCCAUCCAGGUCAGUGUUUCUUCUACCCGAUAUUCACUUGUAUUUGAUAACAAGACAUGUUUAUUUUAGUUGAGUUGAGUUGAGUUGAACUAAGGCACCGCACCCUCUCACAUUCCCAUCCUCACCAACUCCGUAUCACACACGUUCCCGUUAUAUCCUUCUAACUCCACCUACGGAAUCAGUGGAUACACCUGUUUCUAGUUAAUAGGUGUAUCAGAAAAUGGCUGUCUUCCGUAAGUAGGGAAUUGAAGCAUCUGCGUUCAUUACCUUCAUUACUGCCAUAACCCGACCAUAGACUUAUGAUCUGUUCCAUCUUGGUGAAAGGUAUCAGGAUUCAAUGAGCACAGCACCACCACCCAAGAGGAGGCUGAUCUUAUGAUUAUUCGUAUGAUCCUUUACCAUGUCACACUACUAUUUUCCCAUUUCUCGUUUAUCACAUAUGUAUCUUGUUUUGCUGUAGAGAUAGGAAUUGUAUUUCAUAUGUGGUUCUCACGUGCAUCUUUUAGGCACUUCCACACAUGUUAUCACAAGGGGAAGUCUCCUUUUACAAGGAGGAUGGUGUGUGCAGAGCUGUGCCGAUUAUUCAGAUUUGCAUCUUUGCCCUUAAAGAUGUUUUGAUCUUACUGGUAUAAAUGAAUACUGAAGGAAACGUGAUCCUAUUUUCAAUGUGCUUGUUUUCUAUUAAUAGUGUACUAAGUAACUAAAGUUACUGCAGCUGUAUGAACUGCUUGUGUCCCAGAGAUUAGUAAUCACUACUUGGCUCUCAGUUUUAGAUGGAAAAUUAUCAUACUAAUGAUAAAAAAACUGGCAGAUCUUAUUUCCCUUGAACUCAGUAUUUAUGAUGCUGGUGUUUUUGUAAUCACAGCCAGAAUCAAAACAGCUUAAAGGAAUUAACAAAUCAAAAUAAUUCUACUCAUUUAGUAUCUAAUCUGGCACAUGUGUUUUGUAUUGGGGAAUAAUGUUAUAUCACUAUUUAUAAUACAACAAUGGGGGUGUAUAUGGGUAUGUGGGGGUCUUUGUGGUUGAAAGUGUUAUGCUUUUAAUUCUAAUUUGUGUAUUAUAAUAUAAAUCUGUAUAUAAUGUAAAAUAUGUGUAAUUUGUGAUGAUGAAUCCACUCUUUUAAAUAUUCAACACCGACAGUACAGAAAGGCUUUGACCUGUUUUGUAAAUCUACACCACUAUCUCAGUGUAUUCUUUCUAGUUGUAUUGUACCAUAGUUAUGGAAAUGAAUAGUCUAAAAAUUA